CUAUAGAUAAGGCCAGUACGGCAAGUCAUCGGAUAUCGGUUCUUAACAUUUCGGCUUAACGUGCUUAAACACAUAUUAAAUUUAGACACCACGCAAGCGACGGCGCCUGAAAUGACAACGCCCACGCGAGCCACCCUUGAGAAGGCUCUGAAGAGCGACCAGAAGCUGCUGAAGGCCGCCACACAGAUAGCCAAGGAUCUGUCCUCCAAGGCCUAUGAAAUAUCCGCACUGGCCGAGGAGCUGGGCUUCGCCCUGUCCUCGCCAGACACGGAGGAGCGGGUGGCCGGAACCAACCUACUGUCCGCCGUGCUAGUCGCCCUGCCCCAGGACCUCCUCGAGGAGCGCCAGCUGGAGUUCCUCAGCACCUUCUACAUGGAUCGGCUGCGUGACCACCACAACGUAAUGCCGGCCAUCAUCGACGGCAUUGGCGCUCUGGUCCACAUGAAAGCUCUGCCACGCGCUCUGGUUCCCCAGAUCCUGCGGUCCUUUUUCGAGUACACCACCUGCCAGUCGCAGACGAGGGGCGACCGCACCAAGCUGUUCCACAUCUUCCAGUACCUGACGCUCAACUUCAAAGAGGAGCUCCAGACGAUGGCUGGCGAUUUUCUCUACGGCCUGAUCAAUUCUAUUGACGGCGAGCGUGACCCCCGCAACCUUGACAUAAUUUUCACCUUCAUGCCCGAAUUCUUAUCCACGUAUCCGUUGCUGCAUUUGGCGGAGGAGAUGUUCGAGAUCUUUGCAUGCUACUUUCCAAUCGACUUUAAUCCCAGCAAGCAGGAUCCGGAUGCCAUAACCCGCGAUGAAUUGGCUGUGAAGCUGACCAACUGCCUGGUGGCCAACAACGAGUUUGCAGAGGGCACAGUGGUGCUGGCAAUAGAAAAGCUGGAGAGUGAGUUGCUGGUAGCCAAAUUGGACUCCAUAGAAUUGCUGCACCAAGCUGCCUUGAAAUUCCCUCCCUCAGUUUUGGAGCCACAUUUCGAUCAGAUUUGGCAAGCUCUGAAAACAGAGACCUUUCCCGGAAACGACAACGAGGAUAUCCUAAAGGCCGCGCUUAAGGCUUUGUCUGCACUCCUGGAGAGAGCUUCCCACUUACCCGAUAUCAGUCAUAGCUACCAGAGCUCUAUCCUGGGCGUAAUCCUGCCGCAUCUUAGUGAUGUUAAUCAACGCCUUUAUCAUCCCGCCACCGGGAUUGCCCUGGUUUGUGUGUCGGGAGACGCCCCCUAUGCCGCGGACAAAAUCCUUAACAGCUUCCUGCUAAAGUUGCAGGCCACAGACGCAGGAUCUGAUCUGCGGAUCAAGAUAUAUCACAUAGUAAGCCAGGUGUAUAAACUGUCCGCAUUGCGUGAUUCUCUUCAGAAACUGGACACUACGAUAUGUGAAUCCCUGCAGGAUGAUGUGAUUGCCUCUUUAAGACUAAUCGAACAGGACGAUUUCGACGCCAAGCAAGAGGACUUGGAGCUUCAAAAGGCGGCACUUUCUGUGCUUAACGAAAGUGCUACCGUCCUUAGCGAAAAACAAAGGGCUUUAGUCUACAAAGCGCUGGUUCAGCUCAUUAGUCAUCCGUCCAUCGACCUGGACUUCACCACACUCACAGUCAGUCUCGGAGCCCUGCAGCCAGUGGAAGUGCAGUCGAACUUUAUUGAAGUCUGCGUGCGAAACUUCGAAAUCUUCUCCAACUUUGUCAAGCGGAAGAUAUACUCCAAUCUUUUGCCCCUGCUGCCUCAAAUGGCAUUUACUCAGCGCAUUUUAGAUUUGGUUAUGACACAGACGUUUAAGGACACAACCGCUGAGCCCGUCCGCUUGCUAGCUCUAGAAGCGUUAAACAAACUGCUACUUCUGGAAGAUAAGCGCUUUGUCGUAGAUUUGCAGCAGGAGUCCAAUCUGUUGCACAAGCUGAUUGAGCUGGGCCAACAUAUGGAGGGUCUGUCACUGCAGUCUCUGGAGCAGAUUGCGGGGGCAUUAAGUCGUAUCACGCAGCAACUCCCCCUGUCAGAACAAAGUGCGAUUGUCAGCGAGUACCUUCCUCAACUCAACCUAAAUCAGUCUGCGGACUUGUACAUUACCAAGGGCUUGCUCGGCUACCUGCAUAAGGACCUAACUCUAGAUGAUCACUUUGAGCGGCUUCUGACCGAUUUAACCCAGCUCUCUCUCAACACCGAGAACGAACAGUUGCGCGUGAUCGCGCACCACCUGCUUUGCAGCAUGGUCAACAAAAUGGAGAGCAAUCCAGCCAACUUGGGGAAGGUCAAGAAGAUCACUGAACAGCUUAAGACGGCUAUCAAGAAGGGCGAUGUGCGGGCAGUGGAGAUUCUGGCCUGGGUGGCGAAAGGGUUAGUGGUCGCAGGGUUCGACGAGGCUGCCGACAUUGUUGGAGAUCUUUCUGAUCUGCUAAAGCAUCCCACUUUGAGCACUGCCGCAGCCUUAGGAUUCGACAUCAUUGCCGCCGAAUACCCGGAACUGGACUUGCCCGUAGUUAAGUUUCUCUACAAGCAGAAGCUCUUCCACACAAUCAUGGGCAAGAUGGGCAGCAAGCUGGCGAACUACUGUGUGCACCACCUGAAAGCUUUCGUUUACGUACUGAAAGCCACGCCGCAGGCAGUAAUCAAGCUAAAUAUAGAGCAGCUGGGCCCGAUGCUCUUCAAGAGCCUAGAGGAGCACAACGAGGCGCAGUCGCUGUGCAUCGCACUGGGCAUAUGUGAAAAGUUUGUGGCGCAGCAGGACGCGUACUUCCAGGCGCACUUGGCCCAACUCAUACCCAGCUGCCUGGAGCUAUCAAAAUACAAAGCUCAGCACACUAUGCAAGUUCGUAUUGCGGCUCUGCAGUUGCUCUACGAUAUUACCAAGUACCCAACCUUCGUCCUGUUGCCCCACAAAGUGGAUGUUACCUUGUCCCUGGCUGCCGCCUUGGAUGAUCCCAAGAGACUAGUGCGGAACACGGCGGUCAAGGCCAGGAAUGCCUGGUACCUGGUCGGAGCACCUAGUGGGAACUAGCCAAGGAAAAACAGCAUUCUUGUUAAUACAUUAAAGCCAAUAAGCGAACGCACAAAUUCUAGGAUCUACAUUCAUA